CUGCUGUCAACCACGCUGGUGGCGGUGGGCGUCAGUGGCCUCAAAUGGGAGGUGCCGCCUGGGCGGGAAGAAUGCUUCUACCACCCUCUCGACCAGGGCAGCACCGUCGUGGUGCAAUACCAGGUCAUCUCGGGUGGCAUUCGGGAUAUCGACUUCACGGUGUACGCUCCCAACAGGGAUGUGCUGCAUAGCAAUCUCGGUACCACGGGCGACAAUGUGGCCUUCUUCCCGAGUCACACAGGGGAGCAUCGCCUGUGCUUUGGUAACAAGAUGUCUACCUGGACCGAGAAGGUGGUGGACGUUCACAUCAGCGCCAACACCAAGCAUUCGGACCUUCCACCCGAGGACCCAUUAGAGUUGAGCGUAUGGCAGCUGAGGAAGAGCAUCGACGCGAUCAGAGACGGUCAGGCGCACUACAAAGCCCGCGAACGAUUGCAGCGUGAUCUGGCUGAGUCGACCUGUCAGUGGACGCUCAUGUGGGGCCUAUGGGAGGCCGGCCUGGUCCUUUUCCUGUCCUUCGUUCAGAUCAUUCGACUCAAGUUGAUGUUCGAAGCUGGCUCGCUCCACAACAUGAGAUCAUCCCUGUGGACGAAAGUGCUCCAACUGCAGCGAUCAGUGUCUUCGCUGGCCAACGGUCCCGGCGGGACCAGAGCCACCCGCUCGCGCCCACUCUUCUGGGGGUGA